AAAUUCACUGCAAUAACAUAAAUUUCUUCUCUAGACAAGGUUAUUGUGAGUGUUUGGGGGAAAAUAUAUAUUUCGAUCUUAAAAAUAUAAAAUAAAUAGAUAAAAGUAUCAAAAUGUCGGCCACGGAUCAAAUGAGGGCAAUGCUUGAUCAGUUAAUGGGCACAACUCGUAAUGGAGAUGAUGGACGCGGUCUUAAAUUUUCUGACGCCCGUGUGUGUAAAAGUUUUUUGCUAGAUUGUUGUCCCCAUGAUAUUCUUGCUUCAACUCGCAUGGAUCUUGGAGAGUGUCCAAAAGUUCAUGAUUUGGCAUUUAGAGCUGAUUAUGAAAGCGCAGCCAAAUCGCAUGACUUUUACUAUGACAUAGAGGCGAUGGAGCAUUUACAGGCUUUUAUUGCCGACUGUGACCGUCGCACAGAAUCUGCUAAACAGCGACUUAAGGAAACACAAGAGGAAUUAACUGCUGAGGUGGCCGAAAAAGCAAAUGCAGUACAUGCAUUAGCUGAAGAAAUCGGCAAAAAACUGGCUAAGGCCGAAGCGCUUGGGGAAGCUGGAGAAGUGGAAGAAAGUAUGUCUUUGAUGAAGGAAAUAGAUGAAUUGCGAACUAAAAAAAUUAAAGCAGAACACGAGUAUCGUACAUCAAUGCCUGCAUCAACGUAUCAACAGCAAAAGUUGCGUGUAUGUGAAGUUUGUUCUGCCUACUUAGGUAUUCAUGAUAAUGAUAUUCGACUAGCUGACCACUUCGGUGGUAAGUUGCAUUUGGGAUUCCUCACUAUUCGUGAAAAGUUGGUAGAAUUGGAAAAAACUGCAGGGCCCCGUAAAGCAGAGCUUAAACGAAGCGGAAAAAUUAAUGAACGCGGUGAUGAUAGACAAAGAUCGCGAUAUUUUGUAGGUGGUCGUGAAUUAGAUCGACGUUCUCGUGUACAUAGGUCUAGAUCUAGAGACCGAGCACGCCGUAACGAACGUGGAGGUGGAGCAAGUAGUUCUGAUAAUAGAUCCGAGAGACGAUCAGAAAAGGACAAAGAAAGGGAAAGGGAUCGUGACCGACGAGUAAAUGCUGCUUCUCCUGUGAGGGAAGAAAGAAAACGGUCAAGAUCACGAUCCCGUGCACAUAACUACAGUUCUAGACGGAGGUCACAUUCUCGUGAACGUCAUCGUCGUUAAAAACAGAUUUUGUUGAAAACGGAAAUGCAACUGUAUCCUACAACAUCAUCAUAUGAUUUAAAUGUGUACAUGACGAUUCCGGUAGCACAAAAAUAUCAUAAACCACCAUUGUUCAGAUUUUGGUAUGUAAAAACUUAUUGCUUAUAAAAUAAAAUAUAAGUACGAAAAUAGUAAACUUAUCUAGGUAAACUAAUGACUGACCAGAACAGUAAGCUGAGUGGACUAUUUCAGACCCAGGUGUCACGAAAGAGCGUGGUCUUAUGAUUUCAGUACUUAUGGUUCACAAAUUCACAUUCUAGUUAAAAUGAUUUGUCUUGGUACAUAUUUUACUGAUGCAUUGUCACCGGCUACCUAAUUGAACUUAAACCAAAUUCAACAUAGUAUCCUCUUUCCUGGGAAUUUGGCCCCCAUCUAUGAAAUAUUAAUAUGGUUGGGAAAUGAAAUACCUGUCUUAUUGCGUAUAGAGUUUUUAACAACCUGUGGAUAAGAAAAUUCUAAUAAAUGUUACAAUUCAAUUGGCCCUGGUAUGUAUUUAAGUAUGUAUUUUGUACAACUUUUCAAAUAUACAUAAAUCACAACUAUUAUAAA